CUAAAACGUAUCACACCUUGUAUGUUUCGAUUCGAUAUGCAAUUAUGCAUGUCAUUCUGCAAGGAACGAAUUGCAGAGUUCAGAUUAAACUUUCUCGAUGUGACCCCGUCGAGUAUGAGAAACAGGAUCGAAUAUCUGGUAAAGUAUUCAAUUGCACCUCCGCCCAGCAGAGAUUAUUACGGUCUGAAAAUUUUUGAAGACGAGGUAAUUCUGUAUUUAUGGAAAAUUUCUCACGGACCUCAUAAAGCACCGAUCGUAUAUCGUGCUAAGCUUAAUAAAUUUGAUGAAGAUAAAUCUUUACAGAAUGAAAUACGUCACGGAUUUGGUAAACAUUUAUUGAAAUACGUAAAAAAUAUUGCUAAAGAAAAUAGAAAUCUUUUAACUUUACCAAAUUCAGUAAUCGGAAAAAUAUCAAAAUAUUUAGAGUUCACAGAUAUACUUAAAUUAUCUUCAUUAUCACGUAUUGCUUAUGAGGUAUUCAAUACUGAUUUAGUUUGGCAGAUACUUUAUACGAGAGAUAAAAAAGCCAAUAUUAGUUUAGAAAAAAAAGAAAAGAUUAUAAUCUAUGAUUGGAAACAAUUGUAUAAAGAUAAAGAAAUGCAGACGUCAAUUAAAGAUCAAACAAAUCAUCGAAUUUCGUCAUUAGUUAUAAAUCAUUCAAAAACCAAUAAAUUAUUAAUAAAAUCUAUCAGCGAUGCACCAAAAUCUACCUCGAACAAAACAUCAACGACAAAGAAACGCUUAGAUGAUCCUUCGGUGAUGGCUCUCGUAACAAUCCCACUCUCCAAAACAAUGUCUGAUACUCGAUUUUGCACGUAUACAAAUAAAGAUGAGAAGCCGUUUCUGCAAAAGAAAAACAUAAAAAAUACUAGUUCUACAUUCAACAUCAAUGAGAAAAAUGUCAAAAAAGAUCUUAUUAUGUCAAAAAUGACAACAAAGCAAGAAAUUAGAAGUGUCUCUAAACGUAACAAAAUAUCUGAUAAACAAAUAAAUCAAACAAUGAAAUCAAACAGUGGAAAAUAUUUAAAUAAAAUCAACACGAAACCAACAACAUCAACACAAGAAAGUAAAUUAAAAUGUAAAACACAAACUGCUUCUAAAACACCCGUUCAAACUGCUUCUAAAACAUCCAUUUCAAAAAAUAUUGUAGGAAAUAUAAAAUCAUCCUCAGUUUCAAUACAAAAUUUGCAAAAUAAAAUUCAAUCACAAGCAAAGAGCAAACCUAAAAAGAAAGUAAUUGCGACAAAAUCUAAAACAUUUAACACUGAUGAAGAGUUGUCCGAGAACCCUUUUACAGUCAGAUAUGACAAAGUCGAUCUGGCUGAUCUAAUCGAAGCAAGUUUGAAAAAAAUUCGAAGUCCGCGAAACAUAUUUGAUUACGAUUUCAGUUGUGUAGAACAGCCGAACAGAACAAAGGACAUUUUAGAUAUUAGAAAUGAAAUUCAGAAUAUUGAUAAAUCGAAACAAUUAAAACUUACCAAAAAUAGUGUCAACACAAAUAAUUUUUCUCACAAAAUAAUUCAGAAUAACGAAAUUCUGGAGAAGCUUUCGGAGAAAUCUGAAAUGUUUGAUGAAUUAUCCAAUGAGUCUCUUGAUAAAAAAUUUUUAUCAAAAGAAGACAAUAAACCAAUUUCUGAAAAGUAUAUGAAAGCCCGGGAAGAACUUCGAAAAUCUUUGGAAUGGAAUCGAAGUGAUCCAGUAUCUUCUCAAGAUCGAUGGGAUCCAGAUAUAAAUUUUCAAAAUAAAUCCUAUAUAUAUCCCAAGAAGGUUGUUAAUAAUAAUGAGAAAUCCCCUAUUCCUAAAAGACCAUUAAAAACUUCUUCUCUAAAAGCAUACCUUUCGAACAGUUUGGAGAAAGAAAUAAAAUUCUAAAGAUAUUCAAAAAGGUUAAAUAAAAUUUAU